AUGGCCACCAACAGUGCCACCAGGUUGGUCACAUUCCGUGACCAUGUUGGCUCAAUCCCAUCUUGUUUCAAGAUUUGUUUGUGGUUCCUGCCAUCGCCGUCCACUCUUGGGAGCCAGGCGUCCUUCUUCGACGCCGCGGUCGCCUCUGCGUCUCGCAUGUCGUCGAGCCGGCUCCUGCUGGCAACGGACGCGGCCUGGCGCGCGGAGCUGCUGGGUGGGAGGCUGGUGGUCAAGAACACGUUCAUACAUUGCGAGGAGCCCCGCCAGCUUCUCCGCGCUUCGCGGUCGGCGCCCGCGCUGCGUGCUGCGUCGGCCGGCUUCGGCGAGCCAUCGUCGUCCUCGGCCGUCGAGCGGCGCACCACCCUGCUGUUCCGUAACCUUCCGUACCUGCUCACGCGUGACAUGUUCGUGAAGCUGUUGGACUCCCACGGCUUUCAAGGGCAGUACGACCUUGUGUAUGUACCGAUUGAUUUCAAAACGAGCCAGUCUCUCGGCUACGGGUUCGUCAAUGCGGUCACUCCUGAGAUCGCUACCCGCUGCUUUCGCGCCUUCGAUGGCUUCCAGGCGUGGCCCAAGAAGAGCCUGAAGAAAUGCAGCGUGUUCUGGAGUGAACGGCAGGGCCUCGAGAGCAACAUCCGCGUUUACCGCAACUUGGGGGUGAUGAAGCAGGCCACCCCCGAGGCCUGGAAGCCAGCCCUCUUUUCGAAGGGCCGCCGGGCGCCCUUCCCCGCGCCCACGAAGAGGAUUCGGGGCACCACCGGCAGACUGGCCCCGCCGCAGCGCGGCUUCCGCCGGCGCGGGCAGCGGGUGAGCAGCGACGGAGCCUCCUGCACCUGACCUGAGACUGGGUGGAUGGGGGGAAGGUGACCUGUGAGGUGCAGCACCUGCGGCGCUCACAGUGUGUAUAGGCAGGUGUUGCAUGCAGUCCUCCAGCCGGCAGGACUGCCACCUUCGAUGUGUUCGUGAGGGCAGGUAUCGCUGCCAAUCGGUCCCGGUUCUGGCGACCGCUGGAUGAGGGAGAAGAUGGGACAUGCAUUGCACCACGCGCAGCAACAUUUUGAGACCAGGCCUAGCCACAGGUAUUCUCGGGGAGCUAGCGAUGCGGUUUUUCGCGACCGCAACCGCGGAUGCUUGUUCUUGACGAGCACUUAUAUUGGCCUGUUUGGAGUGGCAGAUUGAGAGGCCAGGGUCGGGCA